UUUAAAAUUCGUGAAUCGUGAAUCGUGAUUCGUGAAGUGUCUGUGGUUAUGUUGAUGAUUUUAACAAAUUUCAACGAGUGGAAACGCAUCAAAACGUAUUGACAUUGACAAACAAUCCAGAUUAUUGUGAAAAAUGUCGUAUUUAUCGAAAAGAGAAGUUGAUGAUAUAACUCCAGAAAUUGAAGAUGUUGUUAAUAGAUAUCUUGGUUUUACUGAAAUGGAUGUUGUAACAACAUGUGUCAAGUGUAUAUCAAAAGGAUGUGAUAAACGAAAAACUGCAGAUGAACUAUCAAAUCUUCUUGACGAACAAAAAGCCAUAAAAUUAACUGAUAAAUUAUUUAAAGUACUUGAUGCUUUAAAGUCUUCUCAAAGAAGUAAAAAACGUCAUCAUAGUGAUGAUAGAAAUAAAGAAAAAGAUUCGAAAAAAGUAAAAGUUGAUAAUGAUACUAUUAGUAAUAACGAUAAUAUUGAAUCUAAAGAAAAGAUAAAUGAAAUAAUGAAAAUAGCACAGCGUACACUUACUGAAAGGCGAAUGGCAAUAAAAGCAACAACAAAGCAGGAAGACUUGGCAACAGCACACUCAGUAUCUCAAGCACGUAAUAAUGUGCAAGCUGAUAGAUUAUCAACGUAUAAUCAUGGCUUAUUGAGUAUAAGUGAUAAAGCACGUCAACUAGCUGUAUUACAAGCACAAAUACAAAAUAAAGUAAAUUCAGGUUUACUCAAUAAGUUACCAUUGAUGUCUACAACAUCAAGAUCAACAACAACACCAGUAGAUAAACCAACACCAUUGAUACUUGAUGAAUCAGGACGUACUGUUGAUAUAACUGGUAAAGAAGUACAAUUAACACAAGUUGUACCAACAUUAAAAGCAAAUAUACGAGCAAAAAAACGUGAAGAAUUUCGUGCACAAUUACAAGAAUCAAAAGGCCCAGAAGAAAUUGAAGAUACACAUUUUUUUGACAAUCGUAUUGGUGUUAAAUCAGCAGUACGUACUAAACGUGCAUUUAAAUUUCAUGAACCAGGUAAAUUUCAACAAAUUGCUGAAAAAUUACGUUUAAAAGUACAAUUAGAAAAUUUACAAAAUGAAAUUAGUCAAAUUGCUAGAAAAACAGGUAUAAGUUCAGCAACAAAAUUAGCAUUAAUUGCACCUAAAAAUGAAGGUUUAAAUGAAGAUGUACCAAAUAUUGAAUGGUGGGAUUCAGUUAUACUUGUUAAUAGUUAUCCAACAAAUUGUGAUGAUGAAGUACAAAUUAAAAUAUCAACAAUAACAAAUUUAGUUGAACAUCCAACACAAAUGCGUUCACCAACUGAUCCACUAAAACCAGUAUAUAUGCAAAUGUUCUUAACAAAACAAGAAAGAAAAAAAUUACGUCGACAAAAUCGUCGUGAAACAUGGAAAGAAGAACAAGAAAAAAUACGUUUAGGAUUAGAAGCACCACCAGAACCAAAAUUACGUAUAUCAAAUUUAAUGAGAGUUUUGGGUACGGAAGCUGUUCAAGAUCCAACUAAAAUUGAAGCACAUGUUAGACAACAAAUAGCUAAAAGAUUGAAAGUUCAUGAAGAUGCAAAUGCUGCUCGUAGAUUAACAGCUGAUCAAAAACGAGAUAAAAAAGCAAGAAAAUUAAAAGAAGACACAUCAUUAGGUGUUCAUGUUUCUGUUUAUAGAGUACGAGAUUUAGUUAACAAUGCAUCAAAAAAAUUUAAAGUUGAAACUAAUGCUAAACAAUAUUAUUUAACUGGUUGUGUUAUGCUGUUUCGUGAUUGCAAUGUAAUUGUUGUUGAAGGAGGUCCAAAACAAUUGAGAAAAUAUAAUAAACUUAUGAUGCAUCGUAUUAAAUGGGAAGAAGAUAUUAUCAAGGACACUGAUGGUAUUGAUGUGCCAAAUAAAUGUGUGUUAGUAUGGGAAGGAACAAGUAAACAGCGUCAUUUUAAUGAUUUUAAAAUGAAACUUUGUCCAAUUGAAAAAAUGGCUAGGGAACAUUUUAAAAAACAUCAAGUUGAACAUUACUGGGAUCUUGCAUACAAUGGAGCGGUUUUAGGUAACUCAGAUGACACUACAACUUAAAAAAAAAAGAAAACAAAUUUUAAAAAGUUACAAAUGUAGGUAAAUAUUUAAAAAAAAAAUAUGUAUU